AUAUAAUCCCUGCUAUAGGGAAUGGGCGGAGAUUCCAGCUGGGACACAAACCGGACCAACCGAAAAAAGCAACACUGAAACCUGGAGCAGCCAGAAACCCGCUGUUGGAGUUGUGUGUAUUCAUUUAUCUUUGUUUGGCCUUUUUUUGUUUCCUAUACACCUUUUUUUUGCGCAUAAUUCCACCGUGUGGUACCGAGGAGCGCCAUGAAAUCCAUUGAGAAGUUGUGGAGUUGCUGUCAGCUAUGGGUGAAGUAGUCAUUAGGACGUGGAAAUCUGCUGUGGAGAAGUCCAACAACAGAACCUCAGGAUCAACAGGACUGCGAGGAGCACUCCCUUUCUGCACAAUCUAAAAACAAUGGAAGAGUCUCCAUGCCUUUUACGCGGAUACAGCACUGUGAGCCCAGACAACGCGCUGUAGAGGGACUGAGAUGGUCUAAAAGCACACUUUACUGUGGAGGUUUGCACACAUAAAGAGGAGUUAAUCCAAUGAGAGGGCUAAUGGUAAAGUAAUUACCGGUGUCAGCUGCGAAUAGACACACAAAUCUGGUAUUUCGACAACACGCCGACUGACACCAUGUGGAGCCCGGGGACGUGGAUGUGGAGAGCGGCUGUGUGCUGCAUGCUUCUGGAAACAUUUCUGCACACUGCCAGAGGUCUUAACAUGUGUAUGGGUGGCAGCGCUACUUCCUGUGAAGAAUGCCUCCUGAUUCACCGCAGUUGCGCCUGGUGCGCACAAGAGGAGUUUGGGAGGGGGCGGACUCUGACACGCUGUGAUUUCAGUCAGAACCUGCAGAAGAGAGGCUGUGACGCUCGGUUCAUCGAGUACCCCACCAGCAGCGUCUCGGUGCUGCACAACAUGCCUCUGAGCUCCAAAGGGUCCGGGUGGACCCAGAACGACGUGGUUCAGAUUCAGCCUCAGAAACUCUCCCUCAGCCUGCGGCCAGGAGACCAGACGUGGUUUGAGCUGCAGGUGCGGCAGGUGGAGGAUUACCCCGUGGAUCUCUACUACCUGAUGGACCUCUCUCUCUCCAUGAAAGACGAUCUGGAGACCAUCCGUAACCUGGGCACCAAGCUGGCCCUGGAGAUGGGAAAGCUCACCAGCAACUUCAGGCUGGGCUUCGGCUCCUUCGUGGACAAAAACAUGUCUCCCUUCUCCUACACUGCUCCCAAGUACCAGGAGAAUCCGUGCAAUGGAUACAAACUGUUCCCCAACUGCGUCCCCACCUUCGGUUUCCGCCACAUCCUCUCGCUGACGGACAAAGUGGACCGCUUCAACCAGGAGGUGCAGAAGCAGAUGGUGUCUCGCAACCGCGACGCUCCGGAGGGCGGGUUCGACGCCAUCCUGCAGGCCGCCGUUUGUAAGGAGGAGAUCGGCUGGAGGAAGGAGGCGUACCACCUGCUGGUGUUCGCCACAGACGAUGUUCCUCACCUGGCUCUGGACGGACGGCUGGGGGGCCUCGUGCAGCCCCACGACGGGGAGUGCCACCUCAACGACAAGAACGAGUACAGCGCCUCCACACAGAUGGACUAUCCCUCUCUGGCUCUGCUGGGGGAGAAACUGGCCGAAAAUAACAUCUUCCUCAUCUUCGCCGUGACGAAACGCCUCUACGUUAUUUACAAGAACUUCACUGCACUCAUACCUGGAACCACGGUGGAAAUCCUGGACACGGACUCUAAGAACGUCAUUCAGCUGAUCAUCGCAGCGUACAACGUGAACAUCCGCUCUAAAGUGGAGCUGUCGGUGUGGGACCACCCGGAGGACAUCGCCUCUUCCUUCACCGCCACCUGCCAGGACGGGAAGCCGCUGCCGGGCCUCAGGAAGUGUGCCGACCUGAAGAUAGGAGACACUGUAUCGUUUAACGUGAGUGUGGAGGCGAGGAGCUGCCCCCCCCGCGGCACCGAGCAGAGCUUCACCAUCAAGCCGGUGGGAUUCAAAGACAGCCUGCAGGUCUCUGUGGAUUAUCAGGGGUGUGACUGUGGCUGCAGCCGGACGGCCAACACCAACAGCAGCAUCUGCAGCAACAUAGGUACCUAUAACUGCGGGACGUGUCACUGUGAGCCGGGGUACCUGGGCGCUCGCUGCGAGUGUCAGGAGGGCGAGUCGGGCAGCUCGUACCUGACCGCCUGUCGCGAGGCGGAGGGCAAGCAGGUGUGCAGCGGGCGGGGCGAGUGCAGCUGCAACCAGUGCCUCUGCUACGAGUCCGAGUUCGGGAAGAUCUACGGGAGUUACUGCGAGUGUGACGACUUCUCCUGCGCCCGACACAAAGGCAUCCUCUGCUCAGGUAGGAACAGCGGGGGGAAGACGCACUGAGAUAUCUUACUCAAG